AUGUUACAAUAUGAAAAAUUAAAAGAAAGAUUAAAUAGUAUAAAUAUAAAAAGAAAUAAAAAAAGAGUAACAGAUACAAGAUUACAAUUAACUCAAUAUAUAUCACAUAUAAUACCAAUAACUACACAACGUUUAAUAUUAUCACCUUUUAUAAGAUCUUCAUUAAUUUGUCAAAUUAAUUCCAAUAAAUUCAAACAAUUAUUCAAUAUUAAUAAUUUAACUCCAAUUAAUAUUUUUAAAGGAACAUAUAAUAGAUAUGGAAUUUAUGGAUUAUGGAAGGGUACAACAUUACAUAUAUUAUCUGGUAUAAUAUUUCCAGGAAUUUAUAUAAUUACAAAUUCUAUAACAAAUAAAACUAAAAGUGAUUAUUUUAAAAAAUAUUUGGAAUCUCUUACUAUUUGUACUUUUUCACAUUUAUUCUCUUAUCCAUUUGAUACUUGUUUUACAAGAUUAUCUUCAAAUUAUAAUAUUCAUAAUUUUCGAAAUUAUAUUAAACAAACAAUACAAAAUCAAGUGAUUAAGAGUAAUAUGAAUAUAGGUAUAAGAAAUUUGUAUAGUGGAUUUUUAUUAUGUUUAAUAUCGACAAGUACACAUUUGAUGAUAACAUUACCAUUGAAUGAACAAAUCCAAUAUAAAAUAAUAGAAAAUAUAAAUGAAGAAAUUUCCAAAAAUGUAAUAUUAAAAUCAAAUAUAAAAUCAUUAAAUCCAAUUGAAAUGAAACCAGUUGAAUUAUAUCCAUUUAAUUUAAUAUUCGCUACAGUCACAUCAUUCAUAUCAAAAACUAUUACAUAUCCAAUUGAUACACUCAAAGUUAAAUAUCAAUAUUCAUCUAAAAAUGGUUAUAAAGAUUUUUUUACACAUAUCAAAGUAAAUUUCAUUAAUUUAAUUAAUUUUUUUAGAGAAAUGGUGGAUUUAGUAUACGUAAAUUAUAUUGUGGAUUUAGUAUGA